AUGGGAUUUCUUGACAAACUUUGGGACGAAACGUUGGCGGGUCCCUUACCUGAAUCGGGUUUGGGUAAACUUCGAAAGUAUAACUCUUUCUCUGCAAGCUCCGGCUUCCAGUCGCCGCUGCCGGUGAAGGAAGAUGUUCCUAUUACUCGUAGCAUUAUGAUUAUUAGAAGCAAUUCUAACUUUGGUAGAGGCACCGUUUCGGAACCUGUUUCUCCUUGUUCUUCUACACCUAUAUCCCCUCGCACCCCUUUAUCACCGGAGACACCGGGCGACAAUUUUAAGAAAUUCACAAGAAGAAAAUUGCAGAUUGAUUCAGAGAGCUCCGACAAUCGAAGUCCGACUAUUUUUAAUUGA